AUGCGUUCUUUCACUUCGAUGCCAUAUGUUCCUACUGGAAAACAAAUCAAAGAACGAUGCACAACGGUCAGAGCAUGGCAAUUGCCGAAACAGAAAAGUGCGUUGGCGCCAGAACAUGUUUGGACGAAUGAGGAUAUGGAUCCGGUGAAGAAGGAAAAUCAAACUUGGACUUUGUGGACUUGGAUGGCGUAUUGGGCAACUGAUACAAUCACUCUGAGUACUUGGGAGACGGCGAGUAGCGUUCUAGCGGUGGGGUUAACAUGGAGAGAAGCAAUUCCGAUUAUGGUAGUGGGAACGACUUGCGUUGCGAUUCCCGUGGUACUCAAUGGGGCUAUCGGUGCCAAAUUCCAUAUUCCAUUUUCAGUAGCAAUCCGAGCGUCGUUUGGAUACUAUUUUGCAUACUUUUGUAUAGUUUCAAGAGCCGUACUGGCGAUGUUUUGGUUGGGUAUAGUAGGCGCGGGCGGAGCACAGUGUGUUACGAUUAUGAUAUUGGCUAUUUGGCCUAGUUAUGCGAAUGUGCCGAAUCAUAUUCCAGAAGACCAAGGAAUCACUACGCAGGGAAUGAUUAGCUACUUUCUCUUCUGGAUAAUUCAGCUUCCACUUCUUCUUAUACCCCCUACUCGUCUCCGAUAUCUCUUCGUCACAAAACUCAUCGCAGCCCCUGUUGCGGCACUUGCAACCAUGGGCUGGUGUAUUCAUAAAGCCGGCGGCUCAGGAUCGAUCUUUGAUCUCCAGCCUACCGUCUCCGGAUCCACCAAAGCAUAUCUCUGGCUCUCCUGCAUGUCAUCAGUCACAGGCACGUGGGCUACUCUAUCAUGCAACAUCCCCGAUUUCUCCCGCUACGCACGAUCUUCCAAAGGUCAAUUCAUUCAACUUCCCUUCCUCCCUCUCAUUUUCACCCUGUGUGGUACGAUCGGUAUAAUCACCACCUCAGCCAGCGGAGUCAUCUACGGAGAACCCCUCUGGAACCCCCUCGACAUCCUCGCCAAAUGGCUGGACCUCGGACACGGCGGACGCGCCGCAGCAUUUUUCGCAGCCGCCGCUUGGUACAUCGCACAAGUCGGCACCAACAUCACCGCAAACUCCAUCAGCGCAGCAAACGAUCUCACUGUUCUCUUCCCCCGCUACAUCAACAUCGAACGCGGCUGCGUCAUCGCCGCCAUCGUCGGCGGAUGGGUCAUCGUCCCUUGGAAAAUCAUCAGCUCGGCCCAAACCUUCCUCUCUUUCAUGGGCGGCUAUGCCGUGUUUCUCGCGCCCAUUGCGGGUAUUCUCGCGGCUGAUUACUGGGUGCUGCGGAAACAACAUCUGGAUGUGCCGGCGCUGUACGAUCCCCUUGGAAGAUAUAGAUACGUGUGUGGAGUUAACUGGCGCGCGCUCUUGGCGUUACUACUAGCGGUGUGUCCGAAUUUGCCGGGGUUGGCGUAUAAUAUUGCGUUGAGGACGGAUGGGGAGACGGGGGUGGAGAUGGAUGCGGUGAGGAUUAGUCGGGGAGCGAGAAAUCUCUAUUCGUUUGAUUGGUUGUUUGGGUUUGUGGUGAGUGUGGUGGUUUAUGUGGGGGUGAGUUGGGUUUGGCCGGCGAGGGAAUCGUUGGUUGAGAGGUCGUUUUAUGGAGAUGUGGUGGAGGGGGAGGAGGGGAGGGGGAGUGAGGGGGAGAAUGCGGAGGGUGGGUUGGAAGGGGUGUGGGUUUCUGGAGAUGGGGAGAAGAGGUGA